AUGGUGCACAGCGAACACAGCAAAAGUAGUCUUUGCCUUCUUAUACUGUUGUGCAUUUUAGACCAUGCAUUAUGUGCACAAUACGUUCCAUCACAAAACAAAAACCAGAACAUAAACAUAAAUAAUGAUAUAUUAAUAAGCAUGGGGAUCAUUCUAGAUAUGGAGUCACCGAUUGGGAAGUCCAUUCACAGUUGCAUUACCAUGGCGAUAUCUGACUUUUAUGCUCUUAAUCACAGUUACAAAACAAGGAUAGUUCUUCACACUAGGGACUCCGAGGGAGAUCCAGUAAAAGCUCUUUCAGCUGUUGAUCAUCUUCUGAAAAACGCAAAGGUGCAAGCUAUCAUAGGCCCGGAAACGUAUCUUCCGUCAAAGUUAUUGUCCUUGUUUGCUGAUAAAGCUGAAGUUCCUAUAUUUUCUUUUGCAAGUUCAUCCUCAAGGGAAAACCCAUACUUAUUCCAAAUCAAACAAGACGAAUCCAUUAUGGCCAAAAGCAUUGCUGCCCUUGUAAAAUCAUUCAAUUGGAGGAAUGUUAUCUUUAUUCAUGAGGACACCGAGGAUGGGAGAGAGAUCUUACCUUAUCUAGCUGAGUCAUUGCAGGAUAAAAAUAUCUGUAUCAGUUACAGAAGUGCCAUUUCUGCCUCAGCCACGCAUGAUAGCAUCACCCAAGAGUUGCGUAAGAUCAUGACUUUUCACACAACCGUAAUUAUCUUACAUGUGUCACCUUCACUAGCAUCUAGCCUUAUCUUAAAUGCAAAAAGGUUAGAAAUGGUUAGUGAAGGAUAUGCAUGGAUUUUAACUGAAAAAACAGUUGACCUCUUGCGAUCAACAAACUUUACUGUCAUUGAGUCAUCACAAGGCGCACUAGGUUUUAGGUCGUACGUUCCACCAUCGGACAGACUGCAUAUCUUAACAACAAAAUGGCACAAUUUCUUUUACGGAAAUAAUUUCACCUCAAUAACAAAAGAAGUGCCUGUGCCUGCGUUAUGGGCAUACGAUACAAUUUGGGCACUUGCGGAGUCUGUAGAGAAGGUUGGAGUCCCACAUAAUGGUUCUAUGCUUUUACAUGAAGUUCUGAAAAUCAGAUUUAAGGGUAUAACUGGUGAUUUUCAGCUCAGUGAAGGAAAAGUAUUAUCCAAUGGAUAUGAGAUUAUGAAUGCAGUCGACAAUGGUGAGAGGAGAGUAGGAUAUUGGACAUUAUCAAAAGGAAUCAGGAGAGCACACCCACAUAUUAACAUCGACCGUCUAUAUCCUAGUCUAGGUUCUGAAGCUGUUGUUUGGCCCGGAGGGUCUACAACUGCUCCAAAAGGUUGGGUGUUACGAGCAACUCCCAGUAAAAAGUUAAAAUUUGGUGUUCAAAAUAUAAACAACUUUAAGUACUUUAUGGAUAUAGAUCAUGAUGUUGAGAAAAAUGUUACAACUGCCACUGGGUUCUCCGCAGAUGUAUUCUAUACUUGCAUUUGUGCGUUGCCAUAUAAAGUGCCAUACACGUUCAUUUCAUUUGAUAACGUCAGUAUCGACGAUCUUGUGCAGAAGGUGUACAAUGAGGAAAUCGAUGCAGUAAUUGGUGAUUCAACAAUCUUGGCCAACAGAUCUGAGUAUGUUGAUUUUACAGCGACUUACACAGAUUUGGGGGUAGGAACAUUAGUAAGAAUCAAGAAAAAAGACGUUUGGUUCUUCUUGAAGCCGCUAUUGGACAUUUAUCUAUGUCUAGUUGCUAUUGGUUCUCUUAUCUUCAACGCCUUAGUUGUUUGGGCUAUUGAACGUAUGAAUCCAGAUUCCAAAGUUUCACGUGGAACAGUAUCCCCGACGUCCUUCCUAUUGACCAUAUUAUUUGCUCAAAGAGAUAACCUUUCGAGGAAUUUGUCAAAAUUUAUAAUGUUCAUCUGGUUCAUCGUGUUGCUUGUCUUGUUCACGAGCUACGAUGCAUUUUUGACUUCAUUGUUGACAGUAGAGCAAUUUGAAUCGGCAUCAGAGAGAGGAAUUGUGGGGUUUCAUGGAGGUGAUUUUAUGAAAGGUGUGACAGUCAACAACCUGCACUUUGAAAAUUGGAACCACCGUCCAUACUACUCAUACGAGGCUUAUGCUCAUGCUUUAUCAAAAGAUGGUGAGGCUGAUGCCAUUGUUGAUGAAAUUCCAUACAUCAAGAUGUUUCUUAGCAGGUACCCUGGUGAUUAUGCCUUGGUCUCUUCUCAACCUAUCACUUCUGGUUUUGCCUUUAUAUUCCAAAAAGGUUCACCACUUGUUGAAGACUUGUCAAGAGAAAUCGCCAGGAUAAGAUUAGACGGAACUCUAAGAAGUUUGGAGAACAAGUGGUAUGAGAAUCAGAUACCUCUUCCGUCCAGAAAUUCUACAAUGCCCGAGCUUUCCUUGACGCUUGAUAAACUUGGUGGUCUUUUUAUUAUUAGUGCAGCCACUUCUACUCUAGCCCUUAUAAUUUCUUUCUUUUACUUGCUUCAUGUCAUGGUUACCGAGGGAUUUAACUAUUUAGCAAUCGAUGGUUUAGAAGGAUUUUGA